UAGUCAUGAUGAACUCAGGGUACUGUGUUGCAGCAUUUCCAGGCACAGGAAAGAGGAGGCUGAUCAUGUUAAUUUUUAACAGAUCUGUCCACUGACUCACUUCAAUCUCCUAAAUAUCAGUGAAGUUUUGGAUAAAUUGCACUGAAGAGGGCAUUAACGGUAAGGACAGACCUCCAACGAAUUACUGAUAUGACAACAUCAAAACUAGUUGUAAAGAUGCGUGGUAUCUUCAGUUGUUGUACACUCACAGCACUGCUGCUGUCUGCAGCCUGGGCAGACCCCCACAGCUCUGGACACAGCCAUACUGAUGAUACUAGCUGCCACAGGCUGUCCUCCCCCAAUGCUGACUUUGCCUUUGCCCUCUACAAAAGUCUGAAGGCCAACACUGCUGCUGGAAAGAACAUCUUCUACUCACCGCUGGGAAUCUCCACUGUCCUGUCCAUGGUGUCUGCAGGAGCUAAAGGUGAAACCCACAGCCAGCUGUUCUCCACCUUGGGCUACAGCGCCUUCAACCAAACCCAGGUCAAUGAAGCGUACAAACAUCUCUUUGACGUCCAUGGACAAAGUCAGGAGAAUCUACAGCUGGAUGUAGGAAAUGCCGCUGCAGUGUGCUCUGGCUUCAAUCCUCUGGAGACGUUCCUGAAUGAUGUCAAGGAGUUUUACUCUGGUGAGAUCUUCAACGUCAGCCAGGAUCUCUCUGAGGCUGCAGCUGAGAUCAACAGAUUUAUUGCAAAUAAAACCCAGGACAAGAUCAGAGACAUGGUGAAGGACCUGGAUCCUGAUACUGUCAUGAUGCUGAUAAACUACGUCUACUUUAAAGGACUGUGGGAGAACCCCUUUGAAAGUGAUAUGACACAUAAGGCUGACUUUCAUGUGGACAAGACCACCAAAGUUCAGGUAGACAUUAUGAUAAGGAACUGGGAGUACAAGGUCUACUGGGACAGAGCAAACCACGCCACCAUUGUCAGUCUGCCUUACAAGGGUGACGCCUUUAUGAUGAUCGUCCUGCCUGAUGAAGACAAGAUGGAGGAGGUGGAGGGCUAUAUCAACAAGGACCACAUCAGACGCUGGAGAGACUCAAUCUCUAUGGAAUAUAUAGAGCUGUUAAUGCCAAAGUUUUCUGUCUCUACUGAUGCUUCCCUGGAGAGCACUCUGAAAGAAAUGGGCAUAAUAAAUGCUUUUGAGGACAACGCUGAUUUCUCUGGUAUAUCUGAAGAGUUACCGCUCAAAAUCUCAAAGGCAUCACACAAGGCCGUGCUCAGUGUCACUGAGAGUGGAACAGAGGCAGCGGCUGUCAGCACUGUAGGGGUGACAUUGCGAAUGGCAUGUCCAACCAUCAGAAUUGACAGACCAUUCUUGGUUUUCAUCAUAGAGAACACCAGUGAGAGCAUCCUCUUCAUGGGCAAGAUCAACAACCCAACAGCUGAGUGAAGAAUCCAAAAUAAUCAGUCCUACAUCUCAUCACUGGAAUAGGUUAUUGUGAAAUCAGGACUCAUCUGUAAACAUGAGGGGUGGGAGUGCUCUGGGAGCUAAAAAGAUACAUGGCUUAUAAAACAGAGACCAUGCAAUGGUUUAUAUUGCAAGAAACUUACAUUGCUUUUCCAUCCUAAUAUUUGGUUAAAUGAAGAAUAAAAUAUGCUACUGGAAAAAAAAGCAUGAAUUCCCAAGAAUUAUUGUCUGUUAUUCAUUCAGAUUCACAGAUUUUGACAAAACACGAAUUGAGCAUUGUUCCAGUUAUUAGUCUGUAAAUGGACUAAAAAUAGACAGAUCUUUAUAGACAAAUUAGACUAAAUAUUACAGCCCUCAGAUUGAGGACUCAUAAAAUAAGUCUCUUCUGUUAACCAGAGAAAGGAUGGAAAGGCAAAUGAACUUCUCUCACUGUGGAUUCACUCAGCAGAAUUUACAUGUCAAGAUUUAAAAUAAAUAUAAUUCUUCA